UACAUUAAUUGAUGUUAGAGUCGACCUAAAAAUACAUGUUACCUCGAAGUACAGACAGAUGUUUUUCGAUUAUUUUGUGUUCGGUCAUUUGAACAGUUUAAUUGCUCAUCUUUGAUUCUGAUUGUGAAAAAUAUCAUCAAAACCUACAUCUAUGUGUUAUGGAGCAAAUUUGUCAUCUAGCUCAGAGAAGAUCACAUCAUCAAAAAAGGCAUUAAACGUGUUCCAUAAUUAAUUAAUUUGAAAAUACUGUCGUUAACUUGUAAGCAGUCUUAUAGGUAACUGGGUCUUUGAUAUCUGAAAUCCAUAUAAAUGAUAUCACGGAUAAAACGUAUGAUUUUAGUUAUCAUUUAAAUACAUAAAUAUGCAAACAAUAAUAUUUUAAAAUAGAUCCUGUAUAGGCUUUACUAUUACAUACACUUACGAAUAUAAAAUCAAAUAUAAUGAAGACACAUUUCUUUGAGUGUUAAAAAUACUCAAAAAUACAACGGAUAAAAGUUACAGAACACUAAAUGAAGAAGUAUGUGAAAUGAAAACAGAAAAAUAAUAGAGAGGUUGAUUUCUUGACUCGAGCGCCUUUCUCUUUUGUUAUUUAUAUAAUAUGAAUUUUGAACCCGUCUGACAAAUAUAAUUUUAUAUAAUGGGCAUUUCUUUAUGCUUUAAAUAUGCUUGUGAAGGAGCAAUUAUUUACAAAGUAAAAUAAACAGAGCUGUCUGAACCGUACCAUCAUUUUUAGCUAAAAAUACAGUUUUCGGACUUUGUAUCGACAGUGAAUUUGUUAUCCGUUAACAUUUCUUAACCUUAUUCUUUCGGUUUCUCAUUGGGUUUUAAUGACUGUUUUAUAGUUUCUUCGUAUCUAUCUAUCUAUCUACAUAUUGUUGAUAAAUAUCCAAUAAAAUGUUGUUGAACUGUAUAUAAGUAAAUAUACACACAGAGUGUAGAUAAUAUUUCAAUCCCAUGAUCUAUUGACUCGGUAUCUUUUUAUAUUACUAAUUAAGAAAUAAUAACAAUCACAAUGAUAAUAUACAAUAGAUUAUAGUUGAAAACACAAUUAUCAUUAACAUUAUGAUUAAAUCAGAUUUGAGUCUGUCAACUAGAAUAUUUCAAGUAUGAAAUAGAGGAAGACAUAUAGAGAGACAGAGAGUGAGUGAGAGAGAGGCAAAGAACAAAAUCCAGUUAGUAUAACAAGAAUGAAAUAAAAUCAAAUAGUUUUUUUGAUUUAUAAAUAAUCAGUAAGAAUAAGAUAUUCGUCAGUACACACUAAAUGAAUAAAAUUGAUUAAUUAAUAAAGAAAAUAUGUUUGUACUACGUUCAGAAGGUCUUACACUGAAUGAAUUUUUGUCUUUACAUCCUUCUGAUACCAAUAACAUAUCGUCACAAUCAACAAUUUAUAAUAAUGACGCUUCAACUGAACAUAAGUUUAACAAUAAACACAGUAUAUCACAGUCAAGGAAUUUUCCUAUACUCAUGAAUAAUCCAUCAAUAAAAAAACCAGUGAAUAAAGAAGGAAUUUAUACUAUUUCGCAUGAAACUACAAACCCACCAAUUAUUACACGAACUAAACCAAAUUUCUCAAGCAAACAACAAUUAAAACAAUCAAAUACGGUCAGUGUGACAGAUAUAAGUAAAACUACGAAUGGGAAACUGAACAGUAAUAUUUCAGUUGAUGAAUUAAUAAAAGAAAUUAGACAACAGAAGAAAAAAUUACCUGUACAACAUAAUCGAUUAAUAAAUGCACUAAAUGAUAAUGUUAUGGAUAGUAAUUAUUUAAUUCAAAAAUUACAUCAACAACGAUUAAUUCACCGAGCACAAAGUGAACAUCCUAUUAGCUGUAAUUAUAUAAAUAACAGUCAUAGUUUGAGCUUACCACCUCAUACAUGGAAUAAUAAUACUUCAUCUACAUUUCGUUCAGUAUUUUCACAACGUGGAUGUAAUUUUGGGCGAUCAUUUUGGCAACGAAAUUUUACACCUGAUCAAAAUGAAUUAAAAUCAUUAUUAGCGACAGCAGUAACGUCAGCAACGAUGUCUUCAACAGGAACACCCACACGUUUUAAUAGACCAUCUUCUGAUCAAUGCAUUUCUAAAGUGAUGUGGAGUGAAAAAUUCGUGGAGGAAUUUUUGAAGAAAUCUUUAUUAACGACCUCAUCAAACAAUGUGGUACAUAAUCAAAAUGAACCAGUCUAUUUAUCCAGCAGUUUUUCAGGUACAACUCUGGUUCAAUGGUUUUGCCGACAUAUCAUUAAAUCUGGAUGUCCUUGGAGUCAUGGCCUGAUUUCAGUUGUAUGUCAACUUUGCAACUGUCUUUUACAAUUGGGUGUUCUUAGACGUAAUCUUAAGUCAAAAACAGUGAACUCAACAUCGAUAGAUAAUAAAUCAUUUCUGGUACAUAACAUUCACUCAGACAGAAAUUCCUCGAACCAUACUACAGAGAUAUUUGAGCUUAAUAUGGAUUAUGUCUGGAGUGGCUAUAAUGAACAAGGAAAUACAAUUGAUAUCAGUAGUUCAAUUAAUGGGAAUAAUGACCAACCACAAUUAACUCAACAACAACAACAACAAGUUGAUGAAUACAAACAUUUUCAAAUGACUAUUUAUAAUUAUUUAAUAAAUCUUCAUAAAGAAUUUGAAUAUGAAUUAGAUCGAGUAACAAGAGAACACGAACUACAAUUGUUUAAAGUAAAAAAUCAGGGUGUUAUGAAGGUAUGCCAAUUAACUGAUAGAAUUGAAGCUUUAGAAAAUCAAGUUAAUAAGUAUCGUAUACUUGCCGGUAUUGAGCAUUUAAACAAAUCAUUAACGUUUGAAAAACCGUCUACAAUUCACAGAAAUAGUUCACAAGACGAUUGUUAUUCUCCAAUAUUCGCUAAUAAAAGUCGAUUAUCUAAAGUGAAAUUUAGUUUACCAAAUGAAAAUUUAUUAAAUCAUUUACCUAAAAGAACAAGAGCAUUCAAUGAGACAAUUGAUUUGAAUAAUAUAUCUCAACAGAAUCUCAAUGAAUAUACUUACAAUAAACCUGAUUACGUAAAAUCAAGUAUAGUACAUAUUUUAAGUGAUAUAGAGCAGUUACUAUCACCAGAAUCUCAUCCAAAUCAACAACGCCAGUGGGAUCAACAACAGGAACAACAACGACCGGAACAUUCCAGAUUAAAUUCAAUCAAUCUACAAAAAUCUCAUGGAUUAUCUCUUUUAAAAAAUCUUAAGCAAAGAUAUGAUUCAUUUAACACUCAAGAAAAAGAAAAUUCUUUUGAUGGGAAUCGUACAGAUUUAGGUGUCCUUUCAUUUGAUAAUGAUACUGUUGAUCUACAUGGUGAUAGUAGAACUAUGGAAGAUAAUGCAAAUAAGGUGAAUAAUUUAUCGAAAUUCAACAAUUACAAUAUACAUCAACAUGAAGAUUCAUUGAACACAACAUUAUCAGACAAUGAAAAUGAUAGUCGAACUCAUCAAAAAAUAAAUCUGAGAAAUUUCAAGCCCAGAUUCCUAUCAGCACCACCACAUUCAAAGUUUAAUCUAGAUCAAACUAACUCUCUGUUGUAUAGUCAACCGGUUAAUGGAAUUCUAGCCAAAUAUGGUGCAAAAAAUAAGCAAAUUACUCUUAAAACAUCUAUGGAGGAAGACUAUAGUUCAGCAACAACAAUGAUAAAUAAAGGCCUGAAAGAUGUCAAAAGAAUUGAUAAAAACAGAGAAAUAUCAUAAUUAAAAGUUAGUUAUCUAUAAAUAAUUUUAGAAAACAUGUUUAUAUUACGAUCAAAACAAUCAAAGUAGCUGGGUGAUGAUAUAAUUGACCGUAUCAAUUGUUGAUGUUAGCGAUAUUAAGACCCUUUUUAAGAUGCCAUAUAAAAAUUGGUAACAGCAAUUUUUAUUACAACUCUAUGUAGCCUACUUUUCGUAGAAAAUCCUGUUUAUAAAACAUGUUAUUCUAAUACAGUCAGAUGUUUUUAACCUUUCUAUGUGAUUUUAUCGGUGACCUUGGGUACGAGUCCCACAUGCAGAUCGUAGAUACGCACUGCUGAGGAGUCUCAUUCUAAGACUAGACUGUCGUCCAAGGCUUCCAGGUCUGCAAUGGUGGUCUAGCCCACAUCAACUCGUGAAUGUAACUAUUAAAAUAAUAAUGAUCCUAACAUUAUUAUGUAUUUGCCUUAGCUUUUCUAUCAUCUAUAAUCUAAAUGAUUAUCUGCAAUUUACAUAAAUAUCGAGUUACUCAUUAUUCACUGACUUUGCUAUUUCUGUCACUCUCAUUCGUAAAAAUGGCUGAUCUUCUGUCUAUUAAAUGAUUGUGUGAAAUAUACCUAUCCGAAACAUUCGCAAAUUGACUUUUAGUAUAUCGUCGCUCGAAACAUGUUAAAUCGACAGAACAUAAGUGAAGUUAAGUAGGAUCCGUUUCAUUAACUUCAUUAACGUCAGGUCUUACAGGAUCCUUCUGAAGAGCCAACACAAUAAAGAGAAUGGAAUGAGAUUCAAGAGGUGAAAAAAGUAGUUAACAUUUCUUAAACUCCAAGAUUAUCACUUUUUCGUUUGAAUAAAUAUUCUAGCUUAGUAGGAAGAAUUGUAAAUGAAUGUUCAUUUUGAUAUCAUAUAAAAGGAAACGCAUAGUAUCUUCUAGCUAUGGUUAUGUUUAUAAAAAAAUAAUUCAAAUGUUUACGUGACUUUCAAACUGUUAUUUUACAAAAAUGAACAAUAUUUGAGCGAACAAUGGUUUUCAAUAACUUCAUCAUCAGG